ACACACAUACAUACGUACGUACGUAGCUAGAUAGAGAGGGAGAGAGCAUCACACAAGAUCGCUAGAGAUCAGUGCAGCGUCGAUGUCGUGCGCGCCACUCUCCCUCGAAGAAGCGCCCACAUAUAUAGAAGCGAGAGAGAGAGAGAGAAACAGAUAAUAGUAGUGGUUAUACGAUGGUAUCCUCGAUGUGUUAGUAGUAACGGUGUAUUUGCGUGUAGUGCCGACGAGGGCGCAGUCGUCGGGUUUCGCGGCGCCACCGGUUCAUUCCGCCAUCGGCGCCCGCGACGUACGGACGUGCGUGUCGAGACAGAAAGAAAGAGACAGAGUGAGAUAGAGAGAGAGAGAGAGAGAGAGAGAGAGUGAGAGAGAGAGAGAAGAAAGGAAGGAGAAAGAGAUAGAGACAGGGACGCGCUACGACUUUCAACAAGAGAGAAAGAAAGAAAAAGGAAGAGAGAGAGAGAGAGAGAGGGAGAGAGAGAGAAAAAGAAGACCAAUUAUUUCGUGUGCAAACGAUCAUCUUCGCGAUCUCUGUGCGUGUACGUCUUCGGCUAUAUAUGUCCUAUUGAAUUUAUAUUCGCGCGAACGACAAACGACGUUGAGAUAUUCGACAAACGAGACGCACGGUGCUCGUCUGGCGGAGUGAGAAAGGUCGGUUAUUAGCGAGUUUAUAGACGGACAAGAUAGAUAAGUAUAAGAUAGAGAUAACUAAAGAGAGAUAUUGAGAAAGGAAUCGUCGUGGAAAGACGCGCGCGCGGUACUUUUUCGCGAAGAAGCGAGCGACCGAGCGAGCGAGUUAACGGUGUCGAGCAGCAGAGUUCUUCGUGCUCUGGUGGUGGUAGUGUGGUUGAUUGGUGUUGGCCGGUAAUAGUUGUUAUUGUUGUUCUAGUAAUAGUAAGUAGUAGUAAUAGUAAUAAUAGUAAUAGUAUUUUAGUGGUGGAUGAUAGAAUAAUAACGCGCUUUUGAUUCCGAGUGUAAACAAGUGCUACGAGAGAAGGAGGAAGAGGAGAAUAGAAAAAAUAGAGGAAAAGUAAAAGGGAGGAGAGGAGGGGAAAACGACAAUAGUUAUAUUUUCGAAGUAAAAGUGUCCCUCGAUAUACCGGAUAUAAGGAUAUAAUAACAAAUAAAAACGCGAAGAAGAGGAAGACGAAAGGACGGCGCGGGAGCUGGGGCGGUGGGGGGGGGCAGCUGGAAAGGGUGGGAAGGAACGAAGGAAAAGGUACGGCGAGUAAUAGUAAAGUACGAUUAGCAAACGGCAUCGGCUCUGGUGGCAGUUGCUGCUGCGACGGGUGUACCCCCUCGUCGUUCGCUCGCUCGCUCGCUCGCUCGCUCGUUCGCUUUGCCACCACCCCCCGUCGCCCCUGCCAUCUCCCUCUCCCCCCCCCCCCUCCGCCCUCUCCUCUCCACGCUCUCCGCGACCGUUCGUAUCCUCCUCGGGACGACGCCACCGUCGAGACGCGUCGUACCGGGGCUCGACUCUCGCGCGAGGGGAGAGGACCGACGGUGAGAGAGAGAGAGAGAGAGAGAGAGAGCGAGUGAGUGUGAGUGAGUGAGUGAGUGAGAGACGAAGAUAGAGAAAGACGGAUAGCCUGCUUGCGAGACAGGAGCAAGGGAAGGAGGAGGAGGAACAGCAGCGGCACUACGGCAGUGUGUAACGUUGUCGGUGAGAAAAGGAGAACGAGAGAAGAGGAUCAAAGAAGAGGAGAGAGAGUGAGAGAAAGAGAAGGAACGACGAACGAACGAACGAACGUACGUACGCGUACGUACGUGUGCUGUCUCUCUACCUGUGCUGAAUCCCUCUCUCACGAAAGUGCGACUUGGAAGGCCUUGCUCCGAUCUCUUAGGCAUCGCGAGCAGGCAACUCGAACGAAAGAACGAACGAGCGACGACGAGCAGUCAGGCAGGCCAAGCGAGCGAGCAAGAAGAAGCCGAGGAGGAGAAGAAGAAGAAGAAGAAGAAGGUGGUGGUGGAGGAGGAGGAAGAGGAGGAGGCGGCCAGGCCUCUCGUCGCGUCGUCCAACGACGCGGGAUAUUUCCUUUUGGUUAGGAUUGCGUCCAAGGUUCUAGGAUCGAACAAAACACCCUUCGAACUUCGAUCUCUCAUCAAUGUGAGGCAUGCGAGCUGAAAGUCCGUGGAUCUCCGUGAGAGCAAAGGUGUGAUGGUGCCCCGUGGAGCCGGCUUUUACUAUGAGUUGAGACCUCGUAAUUAAUUGGGACUGGCAUGGAGAAGGAGAACUCCGCAUCAGGCGGAGGUGGCGGAGGUGAAGCGGCGGCAACAGCAACGCCGGGCUCCACCUCCACCUCCGAGAAGCUCCAGGCGGACCAGGCCAAUCCGCUGCUCGAUCCCACUGCACUUUUUGGUGCGUACUGGCCACGAGGAGAUAGCGCAGCUUCAUCUCUUUUCGGCGGGAUGCCUGGAGGCUACGGAUUGGGGGCACAUCACUUACCGUCGGCUUAUGCCAUUCUUGGCCGUGGGGGUUCAGCGCCUGGUUUUGGGGGUCACACACCGGCAUCCGCACCACCACCACCCCCAUACUCGCACAGCAGUCUCGGUACUCUCAGUGUGGCUGCCAGUCAAGCUGCGAGUCUGGGUAUAACUCCUGCUAGUGCGGCAUGGUGGACAAUGGCCUCACAUUUAGCGGCACAGGACUACCUCGCGAGAUUGCAGGGUGCGACAGGACUCCCAGGUUUUCCACCUGGCGCGGAGAGUCUUUUACCGCCUUACCCUGCUUCUCUAUUGAAUCCCCCAUCCCUUUCGUCCCACAAGUCUACCAAGUCUAAAUCGAGCAAGAGUCACAAGACACCGGCGAGCAGCAGUAGCUCGACAACGCCGAGUAUGACGAGCAGUAGUUUGCCGGUGUCGAGUCAGGCCACGGUAACACCAACGCAUCACAAUACCUCGGCAAGCAGCACGCCAAAUUCGCAAACGAACGUUGUCAGCAGCUCUGCGAAGGAAGGAAGCGAUCCUAGCAGUAUAUUGGGAGGUGUGCGUUUGCCUCCUGACACGGAGAUCAUAAAGUAUACCUCGAGUAUAGUCGGUCCGAAAGUUCCUGGUACGACGAAUCGUGGCAGGAAGAAGACGAUCUCUUUGGAUACACCAAGUGUCAGUGUUCAUCCACCAGCGGUACCUACCUUGAGUGCUCAUCAGACGAACACAACCUCGUCGUCCUUGAUGAUGGAGCCAAGAAAGUACAAUCGUACAGGGACCGAGUCGAACGAGUAUCGAGAGUCCGUAGAUCGCGUGGAGGUGAUCAAAUUACCGGCCCACUCAACCAAUGGCUCCGUAUUGCCAGCACCGUCGGCGUACACCAGUGGUGGCAACAACGCGACCAACUCAAAUGACUCCGAUGCUCCAUUAAAUUUAUCCCUUAAACCUGCUACGACGAGUAGUAGCUCGCCGAUUUCCGGCAGUCAGCCGCUCAGUCAGCUCAGCAAUUUGAGCCAAUCUUUGCUUGCCUCUGAUCGGACGUCGAGACGAAAACCCGGACCAAAGCCGAGAAGAGUGCCGCAAAACUCGGUACCAGUCCCUGCCUCGCCUAGUCCCUCAUUGGCACAAUUAUUUGCCGCUGCGGAUUCGCCGCAGAGGCCGAGCAGCGGUAGCGAGGAAAGCGAGAGUGCCAGUACAACCCAUCACAAAGAUGGUCGUCCUCGUAAUCUUGGUCGAGGCGUCUCAAAGCCGAAGAAGAACACUGUCGCGUCUUUGCUCGCACAGAGCAGAGCAUUGGGCAUAAAGCCCACGCCAACGUUGGAUCCUAGCGUGCCAUUGUCACACCAGGUCUCGUUGUUGAGGUCGAACAUUCUUGCUGCACAAUUGCAUGCCUCGGCAACGGGCCAGGUUGACGACAAGAAUCAGCGAUCUUUACAGGAGAAGAUGAAGAACAAAUUGCUGGAGGCGUCGGGCGAGGAAAGCAAUAUGGACGUUACCAGUGAAAGCGGUAGCAACACCGACGUCGUCACCGACACAGACGACGAUAACGCCGAGGGUACGCCCAGUGCAAAGAGAAGAAAGCUAAAGCCAAGCGAAAGGGAUCUGCAGAUGCCCUUGGAACGUGGUUGGAAACGAGAGACUGUUAUCAAGGGACUAGGAAAGACGGGAGUUAUUAAGGGCGAUGUGUCCUAUUACAGUCCCUGUGGUAAAACGUUUAGAUGCAGUCCCGAUCUAGUGAAGUUUUUGGAACAACAGAAUCCCGCCGAGCUUACGACAGCGAACUUUUCGUUCUCGUCCCGUCCAUUGGUCGGUGAGUUUCUCCAACCGACGAUGGGUCUGGCCGAGGCAGAGUUCGUAAGGCUCGGUGCUCAAGAGGUAGCGAGACGUCUCGAAGAGCUCAGAGCUGCCGGUGGUUUCAGGGACAUACGAACUAACAAUCAAUACGAGAGAGACAAGCUGGCAUAUGCGAAGAAACUCGCUAAGGAGGAGGCACAACGGCACAAAGAGCAGGCCAGGCUCAUCAAGGAACAAGAGAAGACGGAACGGCAAGAGGCGGUGAGGCGAGAACGAGAGAUUAGAAAUCAACAGCUCCUCGAGGGUCGAAAGAGGCUCGCGUUCACGAUCAAGCAGAAAAUGAAGAUCAUCCAAGAGAUCGAGCGUGGGAAGAGCAAGAGCGACGUUGCGAGAGAACUAGGUCUGGCUAGUAGCACCGUCGCGACGAUCUGGAAAAAUCGCGAGAGCAUCGCCGAGAGCUGGAGAAAUCGUGACAUGAUGCAACAGCAGCAACAGCAACAACAACAGCAACAACAACAACAACAACAACAACAACAGCAGCAUCAACAGCAUCAUCAUCAGCUCCAUCAUCAACAACAAAUAAUAGAUCAGGAAGAAGCUAUACUAUUGAAGAAGCAAACGCUAUCUUCCGUAUCUCCGGUCGCUUUGAGCCUCUGCUCGGGUACGUCCCCGUUGACGAACUCGAGUAUAUCGAAUUUGAACGUCCUACCGGUAACGACGGCGACGACGAUGAACGUCGUACCGACGACGUGCAUCGUCGGUUCGACUAAUAAUUCGAGCGCUAUCUCCCCAACUACGCCUCUCAUGUUGACGUCUACGAGCAAUUCGACGAAUAUCUCAACUAAUACAGCGACGAUGAUGAGCAACAACAACAACACCAGCAAUAACAACAACAACAAUAACAAUAAUAACAACAGCAAUAACAAUAACAACAAUAACAACAACAAUAGCAGUAGCAGCAGCAGCAGCAGUAACAUCAAUCAUGCUACGAUCAUGUUAGGCGGGGCACCACCGACCGCCACCGUCGUCGCGACGGCUCCUCAAGUAAAUUCCCUCCUACCCUCGGCUACGGCACUCCAGCUGACCGCCAACAACCCUGUGAAUGCUGCCAACGCAGUCAUCAACGCCGCCUCAAACGCAGCCGCAGCAGCAGCAGCCAUCGCAACACUCACGGCUCUCCCAUCGACCUCCUCCUCUUCUUCUUCAUCUUCUUCUUCUUCUACCUCCUCCUCCUCGUCUAUUUGUUCCAUCUCGUCCACCUCGCAACAACAACAACAACAACACCAACAACUACUACUACAUCAACAACAACAACAACAACAACAACAACAACAACAACAACAACAACAACAGGCCGUCCAACCGACGACGCCACCCUCCUCGACGUCCACCGGUACCGCGACGAUCGCCGUUCAACCGGACAAUACCCAGCAGGCCCAGACCCAGACGCAAAGUGGUCAGGAACUUCUGGAGGCGCGGAAAAAACGGCAGGAAGAGGUGGAGAAGAUCCGACUGGAAGAGCAACAACGAAAGCAACAGGAACGCGAAUUGAAGAGGCAACAGGCGGUGAUGUUCAAGGAACAGAUGUACAUGCAGGAGCUCACCAAGCAGCGCGAGAUGCUCUACACCGUCGAGCUGGAACGAGAAAGAAGGAGACAACACAUGGCUUUGGUCAGAGCACUUGAGAAUCGUCGUAAGAUGGAAGAGAGAGAGAAAAAACGAUUGGAGGCAAGAGCCGAAAGAAUAGCCACGAAAGAGAAACGUGCAGAGCAAAGGAAGGUUGAGAUGGAAUUGAUAGAACAGAUUAGAAAACCCGUCGAAGACAUGGAACUGACAGAUCACCGAGCUCUGCCAGAAAUCAAGAGAAUACCUGGAUUGAAGUUAUCGGGACAGGCCUUCGCCGAUAUAGUCAUGGUCUUUGAGUUUCUUCAUAAUUUUGGUGAAACUUUGGGUUUUGACAUGGAAUCCCUACCGAGUCUAAAGAGUCUGCAAUUGGCUCUGUUGAACGACGAAGAGGCCGAGGAGGAAAUGCUUUCUGUGAUGACACAUCUUUUGGUGUGCGCUAUCGAAGAUCCAGGCAUUCCACAACCAGCAAGACAUACUACUGGCCUUGGACAAAGUUUAAGACAGGCUGACAUCACUCAUGCUAAUAUCAGCGAGGUUCUAAGAAUUUAUCUUUACGCGAACGCGACCGGUGAGGUAAAAGCUCUCACGGGAGUAUGUCUGGAACGUGAACGUGACAAGAGAUUUGCCGAUCAUCAUCAGAACGGUGGCGAUUAUGCCUCGACGUGUUCGGGCAAGAACGCUCAGUUCUAUGAGCAUUUACACAAUAAUGAAACAUGGAAAAUGUCAGAGAGGUUAAGAGACAAGCCAUUCCUUGCACUUAAUCCAACGCACAAGGCACAAAUGUUAGCGUUCCUUUGUAACGAGCUAUUGCAAAAUAAGGCUGUGAUUAGGCAAAUCGAAGGUAGCCUGGAAACAGUGGCUCAGUUGAGAAAGGAAAGAUUCGUUUUGGAUACAAAGAUCAGAAAGCUUAGACAAUUACAUAGUCGUAAAGUGAGAAUGGAAGCGGUUGGUGUAAUAGUGAAUAAAACCGGUGACACGAUCACCAUCGAGAAAAAAGAAGUUGACGAGGAAGGUAAUACAACGUCUACGGCGGUAGGUACAACGCCUACUCCUGAUGAGAUUCAUCACGAGGACGAGGUCGAGGAUAUGUCGGAAAACGAGAGCGAAGGAACGCAACCUGAAGAGGAGGAGGAUAAAAAUCUGUCAGGCGAGGAACUCGGCAAAAAGUUGGAUAAACUUUUAAAGCAGUCGGAGGAACAGCUGCAGAAACUGAAUAGCUCGUCUAAGCAAUUACGCGCUCACAUAUUUGGACAGGACAGGUAUUGGAGGAGAUACUGGGAAUUGGCGUGCGCCGGUGGUAUAUUCGUCGAAGCUAUGGAAAGCGCGGAACCUGAGGUCUUGGAAUUGCAAGCAGAAUUAGACGAAAAGUACAAAGAUAUGCCGGUUGAGGAUAAGACCGAGACGAAACAGGAGGAUGGGAAACUUAACACGGAGAAUAGAGAGAACGAAGCACCGAACGAACCUAUGAAGGAUGAGAAGAAAUUGAAUGUGAACCAGGAUGAGGAGGAUACGAAAUCUCAACCUAAGGAUAAAAAAACCGACUACGAGGAAAUAAAUUGUAAGAAGGAACCCGUGCAGAAUUGUGGCUUGGAUAACACGGAUAACGUGAAGGAAGAGAGGAGACACGACGGUGACAGCAUGAUGACCGAUGCGAAG